AUGCUAGUUCUCGUGAUUGGCGACUUGCACAUCCCGAACAGGGCGCAUGACUUGCCGGCCAAGUUCAAGAAGUUGUUGGUCCCCGGCAAGAUCGGCCAAAUCCUCUCAACGGGCAACACGACCGACCAGGAGACGUGGGACUACCUGCGGAGUGUUGCACCGGACGUGAGAGGCGUGAGAGGGGAUUGGGACGAGCCCUCUGCCUCUCUACCGCCCUCAAUGGUCGUCCAGCACGGCCCGCUCCGAAUUGGCGUCAUCCACGGACACCAAGUUGUGCCCUUCGGCGAUGCAGAGAUCUUGGCGGCGACGGCGAGGAAGAUGGAUGUGGAUGUGCUGAUUAGCGGAGGGACACAUCGCUUCGAAGCGUUUGAGUCGGACGGCCGGUUCUUCCUCAAUCCCGGCUCGGCAACAGGCGCUUUCUCUCCGCUAUGGACGCCUGCAUCGACAACAACAACGAUAGAAGGAGAAGCAGCAACAGCGCAGGCGGGCGAAGCGGCCGCGGGAGCGGAUGGAGAGAAGAAGGAGGGCGAUGCAGCCGCGGGAGAGCAGAAGGAUGGCGGGGAGGGAACGGACGGCGGCGAUGCGGAGAAGGUCGACGAGAAUGCGCAGCAAGGCGAGGACGGGCCGACACCCAGCUUUGCGCUGCUCGACAUCCAGGGGAACGUCGUCGUCACAUACGUCUACACUGAGCGGCAUGGGGACGUCAGCGUCGAGAAGAUGGAGUUCAGGAAGUCGACAUGA